AUGUGGCUCCUUUCAAAACUGGCCGCAUCAACAACGCUCGAGGAAGCGACGCUGACCUUCAGAGACCUGUGUCGGCUUGCACUGUCGCAUGCAACUGUGGAUGACCUUGCAGAUGAAGCAAAGAAACACAGCGACAGUGUAACAGAAGAAGACUCAGAAGUGGAUGGAAGCGAGCCACCAGAAGGUGGAGCUCUAAGGGACUCAACGCCUUUCGGUCUACACUUCAAGAGUAUAGAAGCCGAGGUGAGACGGACCAUCGACCUGGAUGUGAGCAUCACCAAUCCGUUCCAUGCACCCGAUGUCGUCAAACACUUGCAAACCACAUACAUGCCGCUCCUUCCACUUUGGACAGGCAUCCAAACUCCGAACCACUGUCUGCCGUCAAAUGCUCGCGUGGAAAGUUUUUUUAAGACCUUGAAGAAAAACCUCCUGCGGUCAAGAACUGGCAUGCUGGCCGGAGAUUUCCUCCGACUACUACUCACAGAUCUUUCAGCCAGAGUGAAAGAUGACAUCAUUAUAGACAGAAUGAGAGGGACGAAACAGGGCAAGCCAACUGGUGGGAAAAGAGCCAAAGAGGGACAAAUGAAUGAAUGCCCGUAUGGAGCAAAGGAAAAAUGGCUGAAAAGGAACCCAAAAGCAAAACCAUAUCGCAUGCAGAAAGCGCCGCCAUCAUUCGUAAGAUUGAAUGAGGUUCGCAACGACAAACAAGGACACGGGAACCAAAAACAGCGGCAAGGCGAGAAGAACAAGAGGAAAAAUCCGGAAGGCAGUGAUGAAGAUGACCUAGAUGUGGAGCAAGAAAAGAAACGGCCGAAGGCUGACCAGCAACAAUCGAAUCCAUGCGGAGAAGAAUCAACAAAGGACACGGAGACAGACGAUUUCGGAGACAGAACAAUGAUUGAAAAGACCAAGGAAAUCGGAGACAUUCUAGUCGACAGCGCCAGCUUUACGACACUCGAAGGCCGAGAAUGGCUUGACGAUGCAGUGAUUGACGCGUACCUACUGCUGGCAGCACAAGAAUCGUCAGAAACUGUCGCAACGUUCAGCGUGCACACGCUCCCAAAGAUGGCGCAUGUAUGCACAUCGCGGUCGCACACCGCGCUCAUUCAAGAGCGAUACGGAAAUGUUUUUGCAUCGCACGCGUGGCUUGUCCCGUACAAUACAAUUACGUACAAUCGACAGCGACACUGGGUACUUUUUGUCGUGUACCCCUGGGCAAAGCGAGUGAUGUAUUUUGAUUCCUUGAUACCUCCAAAGCCAGCAAAAGAAGCAAUCGAAGACCUCAUGGUACUGAUAAUAGCGUGCCAAGGAGCCAUGACAUGGACUGGAUGGAGAGUGAUCUACCCCAAACAGGUGCGCCAAGUGGACGGAUCGUCCUGUGGAGUAUUUGUGUGCGCCCGAGCCGACGCACUGUGUAACCAAACACCAAUGGAUGUACCACAAGAUGAAACGGCCCAGUUACGAUACAUACGAAGAUGGAGGCAAAACAUCAAAACACGACUGAAAACGGCACAAGACGGAGGAUGUAUGAAGAGCAUCUUCAUUCCGUCAACGACGAGUACUCGCAGUCCACGUCGGGUUCUCCCUCGUCUUGAAGUCGUACGAGAUUGGGCAACAGAUGAAAAGCACCAGCCAUGACACUUCUGAACGAUGGUGACCGGCCUGUCAGCCAUUGCCUGUCUGCUCGCUGCCGUGGCACGCCGCCACAACUCGACUCAGACCGAUUCAGCCGCGCGGGGACCGGCGCAGCCGGCGCACAAUUGACGGGACCGACGGAACCGGAACCGGUUCGACGCAGCCGGCGCGCGUUUGGCGGGGACCGACGCGGCCGGCGCGCGUUCAGCGCGAACCGAUGCGGCCGACACGCGUUCGGCGCAGACCGACGCGGCCAGCGCGCGUUCCGCGGGGACCGACGCGGCCGGCGUGAGUUCGGCGCAGAAAAACGCAGCCGGCGUGCGUUCGGCGCAGACCGACGCGGUCGGUGCGCGUUCCGCGGGGACCGACGCGACAGGCGCCGGUUCGACGCAUCCAGCGCC